CGCGGUGGGGGAGGCGGCGACCGAAUCGCGUCGCGGGACCGGCUGGGCCGGGCUGUGGCGAGCCAAGCGCGAGCGCCACCUGCGCGGGGACCCGAGCGCGAGCCGCGGCCGCCGUCGCCGCCAUGCGCUGGGUGCGGGCGCUGCUGAAGAAUGCGUCCCUGGUAGGGGCUCCCAAGUACAUCGAGCACUUUAGCAAGUUCUCCCCAUCUCCGUUGUCCAUGAAGCAGUUUCUGGACUUCGGGUCCAGCAAUGCUUGUGAGAAAACCUCCUUCACCUUCCUCAGGCAGGAGCUGCCCGUGCGCCUGGCCAACAUCAUGAAGGAAAUCAACCUCCUUCCCGACCGGGUGCUGAGCACACCCUCGGUGCAGCUGGUGCAGAGCUGGUAUGUCCAGAGUCUCCUGGACAUCAUGGAGUUCCUGGACAAGGACCCUGAGGACCAGCGCACCCUGAGUCAGUUCACUGAUGCCCUGGUCACCAUCCGGAACCGGCACAAUGAUGUGGUGCCCACCAUGGCGCAGGGCGUGCUGGAGUACAAGGACAGCUAUGGUGACGACCCCGUGUCCAACCAGAACAUCCAGUACUUCCUGGACCGCUUCUACCUCAGCCGCAUCUCCAUCCGCAUGCUCAUCAACCAGCACACCCUGAUCUUUGAUGGCAGCACCAACCCAGCCCACCCUAAGCACAUCGGCAGCAUCGACCCCAACUGCAACGUCUCUGAGGUGGUAAAAGAUGCCUACGAUAUGGCCAAGCUCCUGUGUGACAAGUAUUACAUGGCCUCCCCUGACCUGGAGAUCCAGGAGCUCAAUGCAUCCAACUCUAAACAGCCAAUUCACAUAGUGUAUGUCCCUUCCCAUCUCUACCACAUGCUUUUUGAGCUCUUCAAGAAUGCCAUGCGGGCAACUGUGGAAAGCCACGAAUCCAGCCUCAUUCUCCCACCUGUCAAGGUCAUGGUGGCCUUGGGUGAAGAAGAUCUAUCCAUCAAAGUGAGUGACCGAGGUGGGGGUGUCCCUUUGAGGAAGAUUGAGCGACUCUUCAGCUACAUGUACUCCACGGCACCCACCCCCCAGCCUGGCACCGGGGGAACCCCAUUGGCUGGCUUUGGUUAUGGGCUCCCCAUUUCCCGCCUCUAUGCCAAGUACUUCCAGGGGGACCUGCAGCUCUUCUCCAUGGAGGGCUUUGGGACUGAUGCUGUCAUCUAUCUCAAGGCCCUGUCCACGGACUCGGUGGAGCGCCUGCCCGUCUACAACAAGUCUGCCUGGCGCCACUACCAGACCAUCCAGGAGGCCGGCGACUGGUGCGUGCCCAGCACGGAGCCCAAGAACACGUCCACAUACCGGGUCAGCUAGAGGCCACCCACUUGGCUGCACCUGAGGGGAUGGACUGCUGCCCCUUGGACUGGUCACCAUGGUGCCCCGCCCCAAAUCCCCAGGUUGGGGGUGGAUGUCCCUGAUGACCACAUUCUGUCUCUGUGGAAAUCACUGCAAUGACCAGUCUGUGGUGGCCCCUAAGUGCCAAUCUCUGUCUGUGGAGCCCCGUAGGUGAUCUCCCUGGUGUCCAGUUUCUGUGGGUGAUGCCUGAGGGCUGGGGGACAUCUCACCCUGAUGGGGACUCCCAGAGAUACUUUUCCGCGGCAGUCCUGAGUCCAGUGCUGUCACUUUUCUGCCAGGGGUCCUGAGCCCCCCCUCACUGCCCUCCACAGCUCUGGCCUUCCACAUGCUGCCCCUGCUUGCCUUAUCCCCCCAGCCCUCACAGGCUCCCUGGUCUGGGCCUGUGGUCAGUGUUAGGAAGGGGCUCAGUGACCCCAGAUCUGGGGUUACCCUGGGUGAGGAAAGGGGUUGUGCCCUGGCACCCAUGAUAGGGGACCUGGUCCUGCAGCCUCUCCUUUUACUCUGAGUGGACAGGUGAGGAGGGACAGGGCUCUCUCCCAAGGUCCACCCCCUAAAGUGGAGGAACCUGGGAAGACCCAGAGGUCACCCGUCCAGCCUAGCUGCUCGAGGCCCCACAGGUGGCCUCUGUGACAUUUCUGCCCCUCCCUGACCCUGCCGGGCCUUCCUCGUGCACCCACCCCCUGCCUGCGCUCCAGCCCUCAACUCCCGCUCCACCUGGCACGUUUGUGCCCGGAGUGGCUUUCUCCCCAGAAUGCUCUGUGUAUAUAGGUAGUUUUGUAACCCUGAAUGCCCCUGCCCCCUCAGCACACAGGGGGUUAAAGUUGUGUGCUCCUUCCAGUGGCUGUGAUGGUGACAGUGACACCCACAGUAAAGAGAAGAUUGAUUGGAUGA